GCUAGUCUGGAGUGGUGACGCCUUGCAGUAAAUAAUGGUCUUUUUGAGCACAUUACAUUGUAAGGGGUUCGUACGAGUGACUCAAAUUGUCAUUGUGUAUGUGCCUGACUUCACGUAAGGAAUUUCUGUGUCCGAACAUUUUCACAGUUCAGCUUGUAGUGUUUCACGAGGAAAGGACAGCUGGCCAACAAGGGUGUGUGUGCUGUCAGACAGGAGUUGUACUGACCAACAUUCUCGAAGCUUCAAAGCAUAAAUCAGUGAGUACGGCUUGACAAUGGAAGACAGACUGAAGAGCACAAAAUCAGCACCGCUCCACAGAGUGCUGAAACAGCAGGGGCCGGGGACAGGGCCUGAGCUGGAGCUGGUACCUGCUGUGUCAGCCCUACAGCUGGGAGAACACAGGGAACCACAGCAGGGCAGGACGUUCAGGGUGGAUCCUGAGUCUGGGUACAUCACUGUGAGCAGACCCACUGUUCCUACAAUCCACACUCAACCUACUCCAGAUGAGAUCCAAGACGCCCAGUCUAAGAUUGAUGAUCUACAAACCGAGCUGUCUGCCGCCGAGGAGUCCGGCAACAGUUCCUUACAGUUUGACAUCAACUGCAAGAUUGGAGACCUGUACUGGCACACGCUACAGAAGCCAAACAAGGCCGUCAUGUACUACGAAGAGAUGCUGACCUCGGCCCAGGCCCUGCACGACAAGAACAAGGAGGCCGCCACGUACAACAAGAUGGCGGUGGCGCUGGACGUGUCGGGGAAACACAAGGAGGCCAUGUGGAACCACGAGAGGAUGAUGGAGAUCGAGAAGGCGGCGGGGAACAAGGACGGAAUCGCCGCCUGCCACGCCAACAUGGCGUCCUCGCUGAUGAACACGGGAAAUGUCGCCGAGGCCGUGACGCACUACGAGUCCGUAAUGGAGCUGGCGAAGGAGAAGAACGACAAGCAACGGCAGCUGGAGCUAGCCCAGACGCUUGCCGGGAUGUACCACAAGAAGCUAGGGGACUCCAAAACAGCCUUUAAGUACUACACCCAGGAGCUGAAACUGGGAGAGGAACUGAAUGACAGAAAGGCGAUGAUACAAGCCUGUAACGUCAUGGGAGACAUGCAGAUGAUGGAAGCCAAGGACAGGAAAGCUGCGCUGAAGUAUUACAAACACAUGCUGCACUACGCAGAGAAGACAAAUGACGAGGAAAACAUGGCUCUCUCCUACAACAGGAUCGGGACGGUGUACGGAGCGAUGGGAGAGCACGUCACCGCUUUACUCUGGCACCAGAAGGACCUGAGGAUACGGAGAAACCAAGAAGAGGAAGAGGACGAUAACGCCAUGGCCAAGUGCAUUGCGUACAGGAAUGCCGCUCUGACAUACAAAAUCUUGGGAAACUACGACCAUGCCAAGUCCAACUAUGAAUCUGCCAAUGGCCUAUCUGCUAAGUCCAGUAGUAUGCUGCUACAAUGGAUGACAACUCUUGAGCUGGGAGAACUGCACCAGGGGCAGAUGGGGGAUCCACACACGGCGCUCUGGUACUACACACAGCUGCUAACGCUUGCCGAAGAGAUGCAGGACAAAGAAAAGGUCGCCACAGCCUACAGACUUGUGGGAAUGGCAAACGACGAGACGGGGGACCACCAGUCGGCCAUAGACUGGUACCAGAAAACUCUGCGUACUUGGAGGAACAUCGGAAACAAGGAGGGGCAGAUUGCAGCGCACAAGAGCAUCGCCAAGGCCAGCAUGGCCCUGGAGAAGUUUGCAGACACGAAGCAGCACUAUGAAUCCGCGAUGGCGCUAGCCGACGACCUCGGCAACAAGGGGCAGACAAAACAGCUGCUCUUGUUGCUAGGAGACCUCCUAAGAGACGACCUGAAUGAUCCGCAAGGCGCAGCAAAGCGAUACGCACAGUUGUUAAAGUUAAUGGAGGAGGUACAAGACAAGGCAGGAAUACUGCUCUCCUACACACGGCUGGGUGAUCUGUACCGGGACAAGAUAGCAGACCCAAACACGGCCGCAAAAUACUACAAGGAGAUGCUGACAGUGUCGGAAGAGGUCAAUGACAAAAACAAGGCAGUGGUGGCCUACAGUAGGCUGGGAGAUCUCUACAGAGAGGUGCUCAAUGAUCCAGAGGUGGCUAUCAAGUACUACGAGAGGGUUCUUGUAGUGUCUGAGGAGCUAAAGGAUCCUGCGAAGAUGGCCCUGGCCUGCAGCCGGCUGGGAGACCUGCACAGGGAAGGGGUGGGCAACCCGCAGAAAGCUGUAGAGUACUACAAACAGAUGCUGGCUCUCGCAGAAGAGACACAAGACAAGGAGAAGGUGGCGCUCGCGUACAACCGGCUCGGCCUGACCCACGGCAUGAUGGGUAAGUACGAGGACGCCGUCGACUGGCAGGAGAAGAAUCUUCAACUCCGAGAGGAGAUGGGAGACAAGCUGAAGCAGGUCGCGGCUCAGAUGAACCUCGCUGCUUCCAUCAAGAAGCUCGGGAACCCCAAGAAGGCCAAGUUCCACUACACCGCGGCCAUGGCACACGCCGUGGAGACUGGGAACAGGGAACGACAGUGCUCCCUCGCCAUGCACUUGGGAGACUUGUACCGAGAGGAGUUCAAGGAACAGAAGAAGGCGAUGAAGUUCUACCAGCAGAUGUUAGGCAUGGCCGAAGAGCUGGAUUUGAAGGACGACAUCGCGCUCGCGUUUAGCAAGAUGGGGCUGGUGUACCACGCGGUGGGGGAAUACGAGCAGGCAGUAGAGCUACACCAGAAACACCUCAUCAUCAAACAGGGGCAGGAGGACAAGGAGGGGCAGAUGAUCGGUCAACAGAACAUGGCCGACUCUUACACGUCCUGGGGGAAGUACGAACAAGCCGCCACGCUGUACGCCACAGCCCUGGCCUUCGCGAAGGAGCUAGAAGAUAAGCAGCAGCAACGGGACAUCAUUCUCAAGCUUGGAGACCUGCACCUGGACAAGUGUAAGAAACCACAGAGGGCGCUGGACUAUUAUGUGGAGCUAAGGGACCUGGCAGAAGAAAUGAAAGACAACGGGAAGCUUGCAGUGGCGUACAACAGGAUGGGUCUAGCAUACGACGAACUGGGGGACCACAACGAAGGCAACAAGUGGCAUCAACUGGCCAAGAAGUUGAAAGAGUAACUCCUUUUGAUUCCUGCAUUUUGCUACCAAUAGAACUUGUUGUUUUCCUAAAAAAUAUAUCCAGCAUGAUUUCUAGUUAAGGACUAACCAGAGCUUAGGAUUUGUAAAAGUAGUGUUUCUUACCAUUUUUGACUUUUGAAAAUUGCUUAGAGAUAGAACAUAGCGUACAGGUAUUUUGAACAUUUUCUGAAGAGUGCAGUGAAACAGUGGAAAAAAGGGAGGAAAAAAAGGU